CUUGGGUCGGGGGCCGUCAUCGCAGGCGGACAUGACUUGGACAUGACAACACUGAAAGACAAGAGUCUACACGAAAUCGUCACCAAGUCGAGGUUACGAACCAAGGAUCGAGUACCGGCCGUGUAAGAGGCACUCCUUUGCUUCAGCAAACGAUUAAAUGCAUUAUUCAGCCGUUCGUGAUGUGGUAAACUUGUCCAGAAGCUGACCCCUUGCUGUAUGCAAAUGUAGCCUCGAAAUGGAAACGAAGGGGUUCUUGUGUGGCCCGACUGAUGUUCUUGACGGUAUUGCUCAUCGGUCGGAGAGUGAGGCAAGGAUCGAUCCGAGGAGGUAUAACUACCGAAUGACUGUCAACUUGAGUACGGCGGAUGAGCGGUAUGUUGAGAAGGUGAGGGGGCUGUGGGUUGGGAGUGGGAUGUGGGAUCGGGAUGAGCUUGUCGUUGAGUAAGAAGUCCUUCAAAAGGACGAUGUUGUUUACGUUGCUGACAUGUUGAUAGUGUCUUUUUUUCUAUCGGGCUUUUCUGACGUCAAGUCCAGGUUGAUGAGAAUGAGCUUAUGAAGUCGAUAGGAACUCAAGACCCUGGUGGAGCCUCUCAAAAGGAACCUCAAAGAUCCGUCGGCGCCUGACCUGUCACCUACUGCUCUAGCAAUAAUGGUACAUCUCAAACCUGCCUGCCGUUGGCGACAUCGGUGUUAUGCUCUCUUCCAUUAGAGCUCCCGCCAGGAGUGAAUG